CUCCCAGCGCGUGGCUGCAGUUGCUACGGAAACGGCGGGAAAUAACAACUCUGCUCCCCCGGGUGCGGGAGGCCCACGGAGGCAACGGCAGCGGGAGGAACAGCGGGAGCGACGCGCGGCGGCCGCAGAGUUCACCGCGGUGCCAGCUGCCCGCGGAGCCCCACCCCGUCCCACCGGGCCCGGCCAGCUCCUAAGCCGCUCCGCCUCCUCACGGGCCCUGCAGUGCCGGAGGUGACCCCGGGAGUGUGCCGUGUGUUGGCUGGGACUGUCGAGGUCCCUCCCCUCGAGAAGUGAGCCCGGGAGGCGUCCCGCGGGGAAGAUGAACGGCACCAGCGCCAAGUCCAGCCACCUGUCUCAGCCGGUCGUGAAGAGCGUGCUCGUGUACCGCAACGGGGACCCCUUCUUCGCGGGGCGCCGUGUUGUUUUCCAUGAGAAGAAGGUGUCCAGCUUUGACGUCUUCCUGAAGGAGGUGACCGGAGGCGUGCAGGCGCCCUUUGGGGCGGUCAGGAACAUCUACACGCCUCGCACCGGGCACCGCAUCCGGAAGCUAGAUCAGAUCCAGAGUGGGGGCAACUACGUGGCUGGAGGGCAGGAAGCUUUCAAGAAACUCAAUUACUUGGACAUAGGAGAAAUCAAGAAAAAACCAAUGGAAGCUAUUACUACAGAGGUAAGACCAGUAAUCCACAGCAAGCUCAAUGUGUCCGCUCGAUUUAGAAGAACACCUCAAGAGCCCUGCACGAUCUUCUUAAUUGCAAAUGGAGACCUCAUAAACCCUGCUUCUCGCCUCCUUAUCCCUAGAAAAGCCUUGAAUCAGUGGGAUCAUGUGCUCCAAAUGGUCACAGAAAAAAUAACCCUCCGGAGUGGAGCUGUGCACAGGCUUUAUACCUUAGAAGGGAAACUGGUUGAGAAUGGGGAAGAACUGGAAAAUGGACAGUUUUAUGUGGCUGUUGGCAGAGAUAAGUUUAAGAAAUUGCCUUACACAGAAUUGCUUUUCGACAAGUCAACAAUGAGAAGAUCUUAUGGGCAAAAAGCUUCUUCACUACCUCCUAUUGUAGGAUCCAGAAAGUCUAAAGGGAGUGGAAAUGAUCGACAGUCUAAAUCAACAAUUGGAUCCAGUGACAACUCAUCUCCUCAACCCUUAAAGAGAAAAGGGAAAAAAGAGGAUGCAAAUUCAGAAAAGCCUACAAAAGGGAAACAAAAUGGAAAGCUAAAGAAUUCACAAGUAAUUCCAAGCAGUGAGGAAGGUAUUUUCAAAGCUGGGACAGAAAGAUCUGAAACACGGGGGGCAGUAGAAAUCCAAGAAGAUGAAGACACUAAAGUUGAGAUUCCAGUUGAUCAGAGGACAGCAGAAAUAGUUGAGGAAGAAGAUGGUGAUAGAGAAAAGGAUGCUGAACAGGAAGAUGCUUCAGGAGUAAAUGGUGAAGUUGAAGAAGGAGAUAGAGAAGCUACAGAUGCUUCCAGUCAAGCUGAGGAGGGCACAGACCCCAGGGAAGAGCAGGGAGGUACUGCCGGAGUUAAUGGAGGCACCAAUGAAGAGAAUGGUGAGGAACUGGACCAAGUUAAUAAUGAGCUCCAAGAAGCAUCAAAUGAGGAAAUAAAGUUGAAAGGACCUGCAAACGGGCAGGCUGAGGAUGAUACAGACCCUCAAAGACCACCAAGGCCAGAAGUAAAAAUCACAAGUCCACAAGAAAAUGAUAACAACGAACAAAACAAAGAUAUAUUGUCGUAGCAUUGAUGAUUUUUCAAGAAAAGAGUAUAAUGGUUAUAAGAGAAAUAUGAAGGAUUAUAAUACUUGAAUAAUAAGUAUAGUUACUGCUUUACAUAAUGACAAGAUAGUUGAAUACUACCUACUGCAUUUUAAAAUGAGAGGCUUAAUAGAAAGACUACAAAAGGAAAGUGACUUCUUUUUAUGGGAUGUGCUUUUAAAAGUCAAUUUGGAAACAUUAAUUAAGAGGGGUUGAGGGGUUUGUACUCAGUUGGUCACUUAGACAAUUGGUCACUUGAUAGAAAGGAUGAAAAAGAAUAAGAUUAGUUUUGUUAUAUACUUUAUUAUCCAUGUAUAGAUUAUUAUAUGGAAUCUUUUUCUUAAAGAAUUUAUCUAAGAAGGUAUAGAAUUUAAAAAAAAACCAUGAUGAUAGGAAAGUAUGUACUAUUUUUUAAAGAAAUAAACUUUUGAAUAAACAAA